CCCGCUGCUGCGCGCAGACCUGCCCUCUUCGCUCUCAGUUCGGACGGCGGAGCCGCUUGCUGCUGUCCCCAUCCCUGGCCGUAGAUAUGCUCCGUUUACCUGCAGUACUCCGCCAGAUAAGGCCGGUGUCCAGAGCACUUGCCCCACAUCUAACACGAGCAUAUGCAAAAGAUGUUAAGUUUGGAGCAGACGCUAGAGCUCUCAUGCUUCAAGGAGUAGAUCUUCUAGCAGAUGCUGUAGCUGUCACUAUGGGGCCAAAGGGGCGAACAGUUAUUAUUGAACAAAGCUGGGGAAGUCCCAAAGUGACAAAAGACGGUGUGACAGUAGCAAAGGCGAUUGACUUGAAAGACAAAUACAAAAAUAUUGGAGCCAGGUUAGUUCAAGAUGUUGCCAACAAUACAAAUGAGGAAGCAGGAGACGGCACCACUACUGCCACCGUACUUGCACGUGCGAUUGCCAAGGAGGGCUUUGAGAAGAUCAGCAAAGGAGCUAACCCAGUAGAAAUCAGGAGGGGAGUGAUGCUUGCAGUUGAUGCUAUCAUAGCUGAACUGAAGAAGCUGUCCAAACCUGUCACAACUCCAGAAGAAAUUGCUCAGGUUGCUACGAUAUCAGCAAACGGAGAUCAGGAAAUUGGCAACAUCAUCUCUGAUGCAAUGAAGAAAGUUGGGCGGAAGGGAGUGAUCACUGUCAAGGAUGGAAAAACCCUACAUGAUGAACUGGAAAUCAUUGAGGGUAUGAAAUUUGACAGAGGCUACAUCUCUCCGUAUUUUAUUAAUACAACCAAAGGGCAGAAAUGUGAAUUCCAGGAUGCUUAUGUAUUAAUCAGCGAGAAGAAAAUCUCCAGUGUACAGUCCAUAGUUCCAGCUCUUGAAAUUGCCAACUCUCACCGCAAACCUUUAGUCAUCGUUGCUGAAGAUGUUGAUGGAGAAGCCCUCAGCACUCUGGUCUUGAACAGAUUGAAGGUUGGUCUCCAGGUGGUUGCUGUAAAAGCACCAGGUUUUGGUGACAACAGGAAAAACCAGCUGAAGGAUAUGGCAAUUGCUACUGGUGGUGCUGUGUUUGGAGAAGAGGGUUUGAGCCUAAACGUGGAAGAUAUUCAGCCCCACGACUUCGGUAAAGUUGGAGAGGUCAUUGUGACAAAAGAUGACACCAUGCUGCUAAAGGGGAAGGGUGAAAAGGCUCAGAUUGAGAAACGCAUUCAGGAAAUCAUCGAGCAGCUGGAAGUUACCACAAGUGAAUACGAGAAGGAGAAACUGAACGAGCGACUGGCCAAGCUGUCUGAUGGAGUAGCAGUACUGAAGGUUGGUGGUACAAGCGAUGUUGAAGUGAACGAGAAGAAGGACAGAGUCACCGAUGCCCUGAACGCCACCCGCGCUGCUGUGGAGGAGGGCAUCGUUCCAGGUGGUGGCUGUGCCCUGCUGCGCUGCAUUCCAGCGCUUGAUGCCUUGGCACCAGCCAACGAAGAUCAGAGAAUUGGCAUUGAAAUAAUCAAGAGAACACUGAAGAUCCCAGCCAUGACUAUUGCCAAGAACGCAGGAGUGGAAGGAUCACUAAUAGUGGAAAAAAUCCUGCAGAGCCCAUCAGAAAUUGGCUAUGAUGCCAUGCUUGGGGACUUUGUAAAUAUGGUAGAAAAAGGAAUCAUAGAUCCAACAAAGGUGGUGAGAACUGCUCUCAUGGAUGCUGCAGGUGUUGCCUCUCUCCUAUCAACAGCAGAAGCAGUGGUGACUGAAGUUCCUAAAGAAGAAAAAGAACCAGCAAUGGGAGGCAUGGGUGGAAUGGGUGGAGGGAUGGGAGGUGGCAUGUUCUAAUUCCAGGGGAGGGGAUGCAUCAUGGGCUGUGCUGUUGAAGACUGACACUUCUGACCUCGAACAGCUCAGAUGUCAGUGCAGGAGGGUGGAUAGUGACUGAAGUGAGGCCGGUGUUGAACAGAAUCGCUGUAACCAUCAGUUACUGGAUUUCAUUUAACACACGUGUAAUUGUUUACAGUCAUUGUCCAUGCCUACAGAUAAUUUAUUUUGUAUUUUUUGAAUAAAGACAUUUGUACAUUCCUGAUAAAUGAGUGCAAGAUCCAUCUGCCAAGGGCCCCAUUCAGACUUAAGGCACUUCAUAUUCUGUUUCAGAAUUCUUUGGUGCUUGCCAGUACUAGAACUUGGAAGCCACUAUCUGUGAGACUAGACAAUUGUGUACCAAGUAGGCAAAGAUACAGUUCUGUGACCUUUAUGUAAUAAAACAACCUGCUCAAAAGUCAUUAAAUGUAUCACCUUACUAUCUGCACACCAAGCCAUAGUCACCAGAACCCUUACAGCUCCUUAGCUUUACCAGAGGUCUGCUGCUGGGAGAGAACAGGGCAUUUCCCUCCAGGAAACAUUUUUCUGUUUAGAAUGUUUCUCAGAACUACAGGUGACUAAUUUUGCUGAGAAAUAAUUAAAGCUGAACUGAGUGCAGUUCUCAACUAUUAAAGGAUACUGUGAAAAUGAGGCAUGUGCACUGACUUUAUUUUGCCUUGUCUGCUCUGCUGGUUUCUGGGACUGGAACACGCCCAGUGUGGGAGGGAAAGGCCCUGAGGGUAUGAAACAGGUAAGUUGUCUACUGGGAAGGGCUGCAAGUUUUUAAAUGCUGCUCUUAAAACGAUUUUUCUGUGGGCUGAACAUGCUUCAGGGCUCUCUGUCCUGAACCACACCUUCCUAUGCUAUUUAAUGCACAGUUCUGUAGUGGUUAACAGGUACUCUAGAGAAGGGACCAGCUCCAGCACCUGACCUGAAGUUUCACCUGAUUUCAGUAAGUAAAGGCAAUGCAAGGCAGCAUGCAGACAGGAUGGGAAAUUUCACACCUAGUUAUAUUUCUUCUUUCCAGUCUUUGAACAUUGUCAGGAUCAGAACUGAAAGUUCUGAUUUACCAUCGAUGGACUAAAUUAAGUGGCAGCAUGGUACUGAAAUGGAGCCAAAAAGCUCCCAAGAAAUUUCAGCUCUUUACUGGCCUUCUGUGUGCUGGUCUGCUGUUAACUGGAGGACAGCACUGUGGUACAAUGUUGCCCAUCCAUGCCCUCAGAAAGGUAACACUUCUUUGGUUUCAACUUGUGUUGCAAGUGGGAACUGGAACUGCAGUGUAACAGUGAAAAGGGGCAGGUAGGCAAAUGCCUGCACUCCCUUACACUC